GGUCGGGUGUUGCAUACCCAUGUACAGGCUUCGUGAAAUACGUGGAACCGAAACACUAUAAAACCUGAAACAUUUACAACGAUUGCACACAUAUCUAACGGAUCAGCACGCGAUCUAACCUUGUAUUAUUUAAAAGCAGAGGAAUAUUUAACAGAGAACAAAAAUGGGUUUGUUAUUGGCUAAACUCGCUGAUGUGAUGCAAAGUUUCUCAAGUGGAACCACCACCCGGAUUCUGAUGCUGGGAUUAGAUGCGGCAGGAAAAACUACGGUCCUGUACAAGAUCAAAUUAAACGAGAAUGUAUGUACCAUCCCGACGAUCGGAUUUAACGUAGAGGAGGUGUCCCCGUGUAAGGGUGUAUCCUUCACUGUGUGGGACGUCGGCGGUCAGGAGAAAAUCCGGGCUCUCUGGAGACACUAUUUCCAAAACACGGAAGGUCUGGUGUAUGUCGUGGACAGUAACGACAGAGAAAGGGUCAAUGAGGCCCGAGAGGAACUCUUCGGAAUACUCGAUAAUGAUGAGAUGAGAGGUGUUCCAGUUGUAGUGCUUGCAAACAAACAGGAUCUCCCAUACGCCUUGAAAACGUCGGAAAUAGCAGAUAAGAUGUGUCUGCCGAAACUUACCGGGCGGAAGUGGUUUGUUCAGGGAACAUGCGCAAUGACUGGCGAUGGCAUAUACGAAGGCAUGAAAGAAAUGGCACGACUUGUGAAAGAAAACAAAAAGAACAACAGAUGAAACAGUCAUGCUAAUUAUAACGUCCAGAUUCUAUAAAUAAUCAAAUGGAGGUCUGUGACGAGUUUGCACACCGGAGCUUACAUAAUGGUAUUCGGCGUACACAUUCUCCUGAUUGUAGUUCUCGUCACAUCUCGAGAGAUUCCGAGCCCACGUCAUAUUGAUGAAGAAUGCCAGAAUCUAAGGGCAUUCCGCAUAAAACAUGUAUCGCUCACGUGGAAUACAUUUCUUGAUUUAAUGACAGUAUGAAUGGAAACCAAUGGAGACAUGUGAGAUAAAUCCUUUCCGAGUUGUCUUAUAGAAUAGUUUACGACAUAACGACAAAUUCAGUGGAUCUAAGUUGUAUACGAGUCGUAUAUCAAAGUGACGUUAUGGAUAAAUGGCACUGUGAUAACCUUUUAUUGUACAUUUUAAUGUUAUUUUACUGUUUAUAUGUUAUUUGUUUAUCUUAUAUUUUAAACAUGUCUUCUUUUAAUAAAUUUAUAAUGAUA